UGCUUCUGCCUCUUCUGGUUAAUGGCUAUUAAAUUUCUUUGCAAAAAUAAAAAGGAAUUACUGUACCACUAGAGUACUAGGAACGAAGCUUAUAUCAAUUAUAUUUUGUUAAUGUAAAUCUAUCUGGUAAAUAUUUUCUUUUAAAGAAGAUUGGUCUUCUGGUUCAGUUCUCAUGAUCUGUUUUUAGAGAAAGUUCUUUUACAAGAAUUUUGUUUCUUGGGUUUUUUUGGGUGAAUUGCUUGCUGAUUAUUCAUAUGAAUGGGGCUUGUUUACCUUCAAUAUCUUCCUGGACCAAAGAUCUUCAAAUGCAGGUCCUGCAAGGCGCAUUCGGCCUCUAAUGAUCAGAUAUAUUCUAAGCAAUUCCAGGGCCGAUAUGGCACGGCUUACCUCUUCAAUAAAGUGGUGAAUGUCUCUCUUGGUCCUGAAGAAGACCGGGAACUAAUUACUGGAAGGCAUACAGUAAAUGACAUAUACUGUAGUUGCUGCCAACAAAUACUGGGUUGGAGAUAUGAAAAGGCUACCGUGCUCAGUGAGAAAUACAAAGAAGGGAAGUACAUUCUUGAAAUUGCUAGAAUGUUGAAAGAGGGGUGGUGAUGUUCAAUAAGGGAGAAAGCUCUCUUCUUGCUGCAUUGAAUGAUCUAUCUUUGGCGGCUUUCAACACAUGUUUUGAGCACUUAAUUCUUCUUACUGUAAUGCUGGUUUUCUAUCUCCGAUAGUUACGAAGGAAGAAGACAGAGAUACUGAAUGGAUUUGGUUCAUACUUCAUAGUCGUCUACGUCAAAAUACCCAACACAAAAGCUUUGAGAAAGACAGGAUGAAAAACCUCUUUCAAAAUAUCAAUCCACAAAACAUGUGCCAUGUAUAUAGAAAUGAAUUCAAGGGUUUGUGCAUGGGCUGGGAAAGCACACUGCAUUCCCCAUGACCAGGCUUAUAUGUAGUCCUGAGGGGUCAUCGCAGUCCAGUUAAUUGGAUGGAUGCUGAUGAACAGAAUGGGUCUAGUCAUGACUUUGACAGUGGAUCCCACUCUCUUUCCUUUGCA